AUGGAAUACACAUCUUCCCCCAAGCCCCAACUCUCAUCCAGGGCUAAUGCCUUUUCUAUUGAGGCUCUAAUGUCAACUGGGACAACCAAAGAAAAGGAAACAUCGGAGAAUACCAUUAAACCUCUGGAACAAUUUGUGGAGAAGUCCUCUUGUAGUCAGACUCUUGCUGACAUCUCUAUUGUGGACCCUCAUGGGGAGUUCAGCAGCAGCCCCCCAUCCCUGUGUACAGAACCCUUAAUCCCCACCACACCGAUCAUCCCAAGUGAGGAGAUGGCAAAGAUCUGCUGCAGCCUGGAAACCAAGGAGCUCUGGGACAAAUUUCAUGACCUGGGCACAGAAAUGAUUAUUACCAAGUCUGGGAGGAGAAUGUUUCCUACCAUCAGAGUUUCCUUUUCUGGGGUUGAUCCGGAAGCCAAGUACAUUGUCCUAAUGGAUAUUGUACCUGUAGACAAUAAGAGAUAUAGAUACGCCUAUCACAGGUCUUCUUGGCUUGUGGCAGGAAAAGCAGAUCCACCACUACCUGCUAGAUUGUAUGUUCAUCCUGAUUCCCCAUUUACUGGGGAGCAGCUGCUGAAACAAAUGGUCUCCUUUGAAAAAGUGAAGCUUACAAACAAUGAGUUGGAUCAGCAUGGACAUAUUAUCCUAAAUUCAAUGCAUAAAUACCAACCAAGGGUUCACAUAAUUAAGAAGAAGGAUCACACUGCAUCGCUUUUAAAUCUCAAGUCUGAAGAAUUUAGGACGUUUAUUUUUCAGGAAACUGUGUUUACUGCUGUUACGGCCUAUCAGAAUCAGCUGAUAACCAAACUGAAAAUUGACAGCAACCCUUUUGCUAAAGGAUUCCGAGACUCCUCCAGACUUACUGAUAUAGAGAGGGAAAGUGUAGAAUGUCUGAUACAAAAGCAUUCGUAUGCAAGGUCUCCAAUCCGAACGUACGGAACAGAGGAAGACGUCCUUGGUGAAGAUGGUCAAGUGGUGCAAAGCAGAGGAUCAGCUUUUACAACAUCAGAUAACUUGUCCCUCAGCUCCUGGGUAUCAUCCGCUUCUGGUUUUUCUGGUUUCCAACACCAUCAGCCAUUAACAGCAUUGGGUACCAGCUCUGCAUCUCUUGCCACACCAAUUCCCCACCCUAUCCAGGGCUCUCUGCCUCCUUACAGUCGACUCGGUAUGCCUCUUGCACACUCAGCACUUGCAAGCUCAAUGCAAGGCAGUGGGCCUGCAUUCCCUUCUUUCCACAUGCCAAGGUAUCAUCACUAUUUUCAACAGGGGCCUUAUGCUGCCAUCCAAGGACUGAGACACUCUUCUGCCGUGAUGACUCCAUUUGUAUGA